AUGCAUCUAUCUAUCUAUCUAUCUAUCUAUCUAUCUAUCUAUCUAUAUAUAUAUAUAUAUAGAUGCAUAGAGAUUUUUUCUUUUUUUUUUUCUUUUUUCUUUUCUUUUCCUUUUCUUUUCUUUUUUCUUUUUUCUUUUCUUUUUUCUAUUUCUUUUUGUCUUUCUUUUUUCUAUUUCAUUUUUCUAUUUCUUUUUUCUCUCUUUUUCGAUUUCUUUUUCUAUUUUUCUUCUGUUUCUGAUUUUUUAUUUCUAUUUUGCUAUUUCUUUUUUUCUACCUCUUUUUCUGUCACUUUUUUCUUCUCUCACUUUUCUUCUUUAUUUUUUGUUUCUAUCUGUUUUUUGGUUUCAUCAUCACAGGUGACCACAGUUCCUUUUUUCUUUCUUUUUUUCUAUUUCUUUUUCAAUUUUUUCUAUUUCUUUUUCAAUUUUUUCUAUUUCUUUUUCAAUUUUUUCUAUUUCUUUUUUCUAGUUCUUUUUAAUCUGUUUUUGAUUUUUCUAUUUCUCUCUUUUUUUCUAUCUCACUUUUUCUUUCUCCCUUUUUUCUAUCUCUCUUUUUUCUAUCUCACUUUUUUCUAUCUCUCUUUUUUUCUAUCUCUCUCUUUUUCUAUCUCUCUCUUUUUUCUAUCUCUCUCUUUUUUCUCUCUCUCUUUUUUCUAUCUCUCUUUUUUCUAUCUCACUUUUUUCUAUCUCUCUUUUUUUCUAUCUCUCUCUUUUUCUAUCUCUUUUUUCUAUCUCUCUCUUUUUUCUCUCUCUUUUUUUCUAUCUCUCUCUUUUUUCUAUCUCUCUUUUUUUCUAUCUCUCUUUUUUUCUAUCUCUUUUUCUAUCUCUCUUUUUUUCUAUCUCUCUUUUAUCUAUCUCUCUUUUUUUUCAUCAUCACUGGCGACCACGCUAUCCAUCUUUCUUCUCAUUCUUCUUCUUCUUCUUCUUCUUCUUUUCCUUCUCAUUCUUCUUCUUUCCGCCUCGUUCUUCGUCUUCUUCUUCUCAUCCUCGUUCUUCACCUCCUACUCCUCUUUCUUCUUCUUCUCCUCCCCCUCCUUAUCAUCCUCCUUGUUCUUCUUCUUCUUCUUCUUCUUUUUUUCUUCUUCUUCUUCUUCUUUCCGCCUCGGUCUUCGUCUUCUUCUCAUCCUCGUUCUUCACCUCCUACCCCUCUUUCUUCUUCUUCUCCUCCUCCUUAUCCUCCUCCUCGUUCUUCUUCUUCUUCUUCUUCUUCUUCUUCUUCUUCUUCUUCUUCUUCUUCCAUUGAUUUCUGGUCUUUCACUCCAUGUAUCUCUCCCUAUUUCUAUCUAUCUAUCUAUCUAUCUAUCUAUCUAUCUAUCUAUCUAUCUAUCUAUCUAUCUAUCUAUCUAUCUCCAUAGCUUUCCUCCAUGUAUCUCUCCCUAUUUCUAUCUAUCUAUCUAUCUAUCUAUCUAUCUAUCUAUCUAUCUAUCUAUCUAUCUAUCUAUCUAUCUAUCUAUCUCUAUAGCUUUCACUUCAUGUAUCUCUCCCUAUUUCUAUCUAUCUAUCUAUCUAUCUAUCUAUCUAUCUCAAUUCAUAUCCUUCUAUAUUUGUAUAUUCAUAUCUAUCUAUCUAUCUAUCUAUCUAUCUAUCUAUCUAUCUAUCUAUCUAUCUAUCUAUCUAUCUCAAUUCAUAUCCUUCUAUAUUUGUAUAUUCAUAUCUAUCUAUCUAUCUAUCUAUCUAUCUAUCUAUCUAUCUAUCUAUCUAUCUAUCUAUCUAUCUAUCUCUUUUCCUCUAUCUCUAUAUCCCUAUCUCUAUCUCUCUCUCCCUAUCUCUAUAUCUCUUCCUAUCUCUCUUCCUAUCUCUAUCUCUCUUCAUAGCUUUCACUCCCUGUAUCUCUCUCUCUCUCUCUCUCUAUCUAUCUAUCUAUCUAUCUAUCUAUCUAUCUAUCUACUGAUCUGGCUUUGUGCCUUUUCUUUUCUAUUUCUUUAUACUAACUAUCUUCGUUUCUUUUUACUUCUUUCUUCCAUUCUUUCUUUCUUCCAUUCUUUGUUUGUUUGUUUCUUUCUUUCUUUUAUUCUCUAUUUCUUUCUUUCAUUCUCUUUUUCUUUCUUCCAUUCUAUCUUUCUUUCUUUCUUUCUUCCAUUCUUUGUUUGUUUGUUUCUGUCUUUCUUUUUCUUUGUUUGUUUGUUUCUUUUAUUCUCUAUUUCUUUCUUCCAUUCUUUCUUUCUUCCAUUCUUUCUUUCUUCCAUUCUCUCUUUCUUUCUUCCAUUCUAUCUUUCUUUCUUUCUUUCUUUCUUCCAUUCUUUGUUUGUUUGUUUGUUUCUUUCUUUCUUUUAUUCUCUAUUUAUUUCUUCCAUUCUUUCUUUCUUUCUUUCUUUCUUUCUUUCUUUCUUUCUUUCUUUCUUUCUUCCAUUUUCUCUUUCUUUCUUCCAUUCAUUGUUUCUUUCUUCCAUAAUUUGUUUGUUUGUUUGUUUCUUUUAUUCUCUAUUUCUUUCUUCCAUUCUUUCUUUCUUUCUUUCUUUCUUUCUUUCUUUCUUUCUUUCUUUCUUUCUAUACUUCUGUAUUGUGAAAUAUGUCUAUCUAUCUAUCUAUCUGAAUCUGUUCGCAUCUAUCUAUCUAUCUAUCUAUCUAUCUAUCUAUCUAUCUAUCUAUCUAUCUGAUUCUGUUCCCACCUAUCUAUCUAUCUAUCUAUCUAUCUAUCUAUCUAUCUAUCUAUCUAUCUGA